AUGUCAGAUAUCCCAUUGGAGCACCAAGUAACGAUUGCAACCCUCGAUGAUCUUUCACGAGAGCUCGAGACAUUACUCGAUAGCUUUUGCUCUGAUGCCCAACAUCGGUUUCUCCUUGAGCAACGAGUCGCUACUCAGCAACAACUUCAGCGGGUACGACACACAAUCCAGCAAAUCCGCAACACCGCUUCCCCAGCAACAGGAUUUCGUUCAGGACCCAACAGCGAAGCAUUACGUCAAUCGUUGAUGCGUGUGUGUAUCGAGAUGCUCGAGUAUUAUCAAGAGGCAUGUCAACAACGGCGAUUACGACCUUUACCGGAUGGGAUGGCUCAGCAAUUAACGGCUGAUUGGCAUCAUCUCAGCCAAGCAUUUGAACUCAAAGCCAAGGAACAAGGCAACCUAUCGCAAUUGUUUGACAAACUUGAUAGCUUACGCAAAGCAUGGAAAUCAAGUGGUGGUGAUGGUAUCAUGGAAAGGCUAUUGAGUCGAAAUUAUCGUCGCUCCAAAUCAGGUAAUACGGAUGGCAAUGGCACCCAUGGUGGUGGUGUUGGUGGAGGACAACAACAAGCAUCACGACAUCAAAUGGAGCGGUUGUUAACAGCCUUGUUGGUGAAUUACGAGCUCAAGAAUGGUGCCUAUGUGGUCAUGGUGGAUCGACACAAUUACUGUCAGCUGGGAUUGGGACGCAAGGCGAUUGGCACUCGACAUGUCGUAUUUGAUUGCAGCAAACUCACUCGACAAGAACAAAUGGAUGUGGUUGCUGGUAUUUGUGAUCGAUUUGCUUCGGUAUUUGCCCAGAAUGCGCAGCAUAACUUGGCACAAAUUGAAGCACAAAUUCAACUUGCUCAGCUAUCCUUACUCGCUGAAAAAUUAAGGAGACUUCAACAUCAAAUCUACUUUGGUCAUCAUCAUCCUACCACCACCACAGCCACGGCUUUAACAAACGAUGAUGAAGACGAUGAUCAUGCACAGCCACAUCAACAACAGCGUUCACCUUCAUCAUCAUCAUCCAUAUCGAAUCAACAUGACGAUGUUAGCAGCCUCGAUGUCGAUCGUCAACGUCAACAACAACAACAAUUGCCUCUGAGAGGCACGUCAUCUUUAUUGUACAUCCAAGAUGCUAAUGCCAUUGAAGACAUGCCAAUGCCAUCUUUUGUGCCAUCACCAUGGGAAUGGCCAGAUUUACUCAAGGUGCGUCAUCCAUACCAUCCAGUGUUUUUGGGUCUUGUAAAACGACGACGACGACGAUCAUCCCCUAUCAUGCGACUUCGAGAUGCUUUUACACAUCCACCACCACCACCGCCAACACAAGCAGCAAUGAGUGAGGAUGAGGAUAAUGGGAAUGAGCAGCAAGUGAUGCAAAAUUAUGUUCAAGAGGUACAAUACCCCGAGAUGGUACGCUUUGCAAGUGUAUCCAUCCCUAGCUUGUGUGGUCAUUUUUGUCGCCGUGGACGUCAAUUUUAUGAGGAUGUGGUUGCAAAUGCUCAAGUGCGGCAGUCUCAAGAUCGUCAUUUGCUGCAAGAGAUUGGUCGUGACCUCGUCAAGAUAUAUGCCGCCAUACAACUCGAAGCCUCAAGAGCCUACAUGCAUCGAAUUCUCGCUAUUUUACAUGACAUGUCAAUGCUUGAGCAUCAACUCAAUAGCAGUGCAGCCACCACAAGUCAUCAUCAUCAUUCGGUAGCAGCACCAGCAUGGGAUUCAUCCGCCGUAACCACUGGAGCAGCAUCAUCCAAUCCACCACCACCACCACCUAUAGCUGGUGUUCCAUCCUCAUCCACAUCGCCUGCUGGUGUUGAUCCAUCCUCUUCUUUAAGUCCACAACAACAUCCACCUGCUGAUAAUUCCCAUGUUUCAUCUUCUUGA